CUUGCUUCAUAUUCAUCCUCGUGUUCGUGAGAUAAACACUCAAGUUCGUGAUUAAAUUUUCAUUCAUCAACAACAAAUUCAUAUUCAAGUAAUUCAUCUUGAAUCAAAUAUGGAGAAUAAGCUCAAGCAAAUGAGGGUCAAAUUUUCUGGCAUAGAUGAUGAGAUGCACCAAGGAGAAACUUCACACCGAAAAUUAACAUCUCAAAGGAGUCGAUCCUUUAAUGGAGACGGCAGAAGAGUUCAAAACUGGUAUAGAGGGCAGUCAUCUCGUGAACUAACAAAUGAUUAUGAUUCCGAUUACAUGGAGAGUGAUGAGUUCCGGACAGCAGUUGCAGCAGCUGCAUUUGCAGUCAAUUCAGCUGAAGAGCGAAGAAGAGCAAGGCGAAGACUCGAUGGCAGUUUGAGUAGGCCCAAGUCGAAACAAGAAGAUGGCGCGGUUUCUGUGACCAGAAGGAUCAAAGAAAGAAUCCCAUCUUCUUCUUCUGCAAGAAAUAAGAUGAAGAGUAAGGAAGAUGAUAAUGUUCCUAUAAAAACCCCAAGUUUGCUCUCCAGGAAAUUCUCAGAAUUACAAGAAAAGUUGCCUCAAAGGGCUAGUUCUCCAGCACAUAGAGAACCCAAACCCGUAGCCGGCUUAGCAAGUACUAGCGGUGACCAAAAACCGACUAUUCAACCCCCACCCCCACCCCCACCAACCGAAGUCGAUAGAAAGCGUCCACAGCUUAGUCCUAAUGACAUAAAGGCUGAGGUUUGGGAGAAAACUGAGUUGGAAAAAAUCACAGAACGGUUCGACAAAUUGAAUGCUAAAAUACUUGAGUGGGAGAACGAAAAGAAAGCAAAAGCAAAGAAGAAGUUGUCAAGAAAUAAGGAUGAGCCGGAGAAGAAACGAGCUAGAGCUUUGCAAAGUUACAAGAAUGAUAUAGAGAUGAUUGAACAGAUUGUGGAAGCAGCAAGAUCACAAGCUGAGGAAAACCGAAGGAAGGAUGUGAUUAAGAUUAAGAAGAAGGCUGAUACGAUUAGGUUAACCGGAAAAAUUCCAACCAAAACAUGUUUAUGCUUCUAAUUCUCCACCAAAAUGAUUCAUAAGAUAGCCUUCUCAUGGUCAAGAACAUCAUAUAAUGUGUGUGAAUAUUUAUAGUUAAUAGUAAUGUAUAACUUAAUGUAAAUGAAAACUAGAUGAUUUUUUUUAACCGAAAUAUAUUAUGUUAUGGUAA